AUGCUACAGUCGGUCAAGCAAGUAGACGGCCAACGAAUCGGAGACUUAGCAUAUGUCUUUGGCGGUCUGUUGAGACUGCGUUUGAAUUACAACCAACAUCUACAACAAUUCUCCAACCCUGCCGGUAUUGAAGAUGACGAGAUAUGGCUUGAUCCUUAUCUCUUUUCGGAACCGGGUCAAAUUGUCAACCCCCCUCAGGAACCUCAUGGCGCAUCACAACUUUGCCGUGAUUUACCCCAAGACAUCGAUCACCAGGGCCUGGGCGGUACCACAUUUUCACAUUUCAUUCAAUCCAACACCGAACAGGAAUCAUACACUUACUUACUACCAUCUUCCGAUGAGCCUAUGCAAGUGGCCAGUGUCUUGAAUCUGUGCGGUUUUUCUUUUUUGUUCACCGAACCAUUCAUUUCUCAAAGGUCCCGUGAGGAAGCGACACACAAAGAGAACUGCAGUGGUAAAAGGCCGUUCACAUGCAUUUGUGGCCUUGCCACUGAUGAUAUUGUCGAACAUCGCAAGCAUUUAAAGGGCUGUGCGACAGGGAAGCGAGGAAGACCUAAGAAGCAGAACGCUGUUUAA